UUUGCCUGUAAACAAAAAAUAAGAAGAGUUUACACAUUUUGAAUAUAAAAAUCUCAAAGGCACUAUGUCCCGACGCACUUCGCUGGCCAUUUAAAUUUCCCAUUGGUUGGCCUUCACAAUAGACCUAUUGUUACUUGCCCAAUCAGCAACGUAAGGCUAAUUCACAAUGUUUUCUCGAACAUAAACGCGCUGCAAAACCAAUUUGUCAACUAUGAGCCAUUGACUGACGGGGUAUACACAUGAUGCCUUUAAGCUGUUUUACCUAGACUAACAACAAAAAACUUGUUUUGUCAAUUAUGUUUUGUCUAUGUAGACUAACAAUGUUACAGAAGUAGCAAAGAUCUGCCUGUUUAACCAUUGGUCUGCUGUCUGUGUACAUAGAGUUGUUUUCAAUUUAAUGCAACUUUGGCAAGUAAUAACAAAAAUACAAAUCAUGAGACAAGAUUAACUGUACAUAAAUUAAAUCAAAAACAGAUUUACAAGGCUUUAACUAGCAACACUCAAGGUUCCCUUUCUUGAAGGUCAGGUGCUUUUAACCAAGAACCAAGAAUAUUUAUCCCAAAAUGUCCAUCUCGAAAGGAUGGAAAUUGUUCCAGGUUAAUAAUUUUCGAAUUAUCAAGGAUUCGAAUCAUCCAAGGUUCGAUUUAUUGAGAUCACAAUGUGCUUUCAUAUUCAAUCAAAGUUUAAGUCAACAUCAUGUCUAGUUGAGGUUCAAUUAGAUAACGAACGUGCUCUAUUGACAGAGGAUUUCGACUCGAUCACUUAUAGAAAAUAAAAUAGCAUGCUAGCCGCGCUUCUUAUAAAUUCAUAUGUCCUUGACAAGAGAAUGCCAUUGCGAAGAAAUGCAUUAAACUUGAAAAUAAAUAUUUAAUUAAACGUCUGUUUUAAGCUCAUUCGUGUUUAUGAAAACUCAACUUCGGCAGCAUACAUUGACAAAACGGCGAAACAGGUGCAAACACUUGUGAGGGAGGCUUUCCUCAAAGUAUUUCUUAUGGAAAAGAGCACCACAAAAUGGACUGCCUUGGGAGCUUCGAGAGUUUAUCAGCUGAUAUUCGGAUAGCACUUUGCUUCUUCAACGUGAUCAUUAGUCUUCUAGCAACAUGGGGCAAUCUUUUGAUUUUCUAUCUGUCCCUGGCCAAUCGUACUUUACGGACACGGUCAAAUUGCUUUCUACAGUCACUGGCAAUGUCUGACCUACUCGUCGGUAUUCUUAUCGAACCUAUACACAUUAUGCAGACAAUCUCCUUAGACUUUGCACAGAACUGUACGCUGAACGCAGUCAGACGAUACCUAACAGCCCUUGCAGCCGGUGCUUCAGUUGCAGCUCUUGUCGCUAUCAGUUACGAUCGAUAUGUUCAUUUGUCACAUACGCUCAAUUACAACGAUUACAUGAGAAGAUGGAAGGUCGUCGCCAUUAUCGGCAUCUGCUGGUCCGCUCCAUUCCUGGCAAGCAUUCUCACAAGGUCCAUAAUCAAGACCGAAUUGGCAAAUUUAGUCUCUAUCAGUAUAUACGGAAUAAGUGCCACAGUGCUCGCUAUCAUCUGCUACGUAAAGAUUUUUCGAAUAAUCAAUCUGAAAAGGAAAGAGCUGGAAAGAUACCAAGAGGGUACAGCUGCAGCCGAACGACAGAGGUUUCAGAAACAACGUACUCUUAGGGCCAACGAAAGAGCAGUGAAAACAAUCACAAUUUUAAUUGGCUGUUUUUGCAUAUUCGUAGCACCAGUUGCGGUUUUCAUGGGCUUCACUGCCAUCAAAUCAAUGAUUCAAAAGCCUGGAUUAAAAAAACAGUCGCAACAAAUGACUGGAACGGAUGUAGCAUAUUCUGUUGUGAUCAUGGUGGUUAUGGCAAACUCAGCACUCAAUCCUGUUAUAUAUUGCUUUAAAAUUCCUGAAUUUAGGCAAGCGGCAAAGAGGCUGUUUCGUCACAUGGUAUCGAAAAUAAGUGUAAACGAAAAUAUAGAAUAACCGAAAGCAGAGGAGGCGAAAAAAAAAUAAUAACAGAAUAAAUCAAGAGAACUCUUGCUGCUGCAGAAAGGAACACAGUAAUGUGAAUGGCAUCACAUUUCUAACAUUCCAAGGCAACGCCAUGGAAGCAACAGAGAAAAGGACGUGUUGGUGAAAUAACGUUACCAGAAUAUGAUCAGGGGUGGAAAAUUCCGGCAAAAAGGUCGUCUCCCGGUGGGAGACCAAUAGGUUUCUUAGUGGGCUCAUGCAUAUGGCCUGUGGUCUCCCAAAACGAAACUCUGGCGACUAGGGUGGAGAUUUUCCAGUAAAAAUUUGGUCACCUUGGUAACGGUAAGCGUUCUCCUGCAGAUAAAAACCGGUCGUCCAGGGUGCGCAGUAGACCGAAGGAUUCACCCUUGAUGAUUCGGGAUCCCCAAAUUCCAGUUUUCACGUAUUAAGCAGUAGAAACCUCCAAAAACUGUGCCCAAAUUUUUCCUCUGAACUAGUCUCUUUUCAUAGGUAUUUCUAUCGUAGUUAAAGCACCUAUAACAUACUCAAAAAAUGGUUUACAUGACAUAAAUAGAAAUCUUAUUGGUCUUCAAUCCUUUGAAAGGAAACGUAUCAAGAACCUGGGUGCAAAAGCAACUGUUUGUGAAUAAUGUUUAGUGGAUUCGAUUAACUAAGUUGCUGAUGCAUUUUCUCUUUGUUGGGUGUAGCAUUGUGCACGUCAGUAACCGAGAAUCUAUGCCGAAAUGUAAACAGUUCGAACUUAGUUUGUAUGGUGUAUUCCUAAUUGACAAUUAUGUAUUUAAAUACAAUCUUUAGUGUUUAAGCAAUGUGAGUUUUUCAUACUCCCUCCCCACCCUCCCCCUUAUAACUUGGGAUGUUGGUGGAAGACCAGGCCUUAGCUCCUUUGUAAACGAAAGAAUCUUGACCAGUUGGUGCUUUCGACCUGUUUUCGAGUUCCCCUGUUGAUGAUCAGUUAGUUGAUCAUCAGCCUGCAAACCGAGAUAUUUGGUUUUGUUAACCUUUAUUUUAAGUGUGUAUUUCUGUAAAGAAAUAUAUUCUUGAAAGGUAGCUCGUCAAUCAUAAUCCGUUAAGAAAAUAAUUCAUAUCAUACUUGAUACUGUAAACAACAAAUAAAAUUACCCUGAAGAACUUUGUAGAAUAAUCAAAUACCUUGAUC